AUGGAGGCGGCGGAGCUGCGCUGCACGGCGGCCGUGGAGCAGCCGCUGCCGGGGGGCCUCGCCCCGCGCCGCCGCCUGAUGCGGAACGCGACCGUGCUGCUGGGCCGCAACGAGCUGCGCCAGCCCGUGCUGCGCGUGGCCGGCGGCAGCGGCGCGGCGGCGGCCGUGCUGAACUUCGUGCUGGCCGGGGACGCCGUGAGGCUCUUCACGCGGUUCGCGGGCGAGGGGCGGGCGGCGGUGCGGGUGGGGCCGGACGGAACCCAGGUGCUGCUGUCCGACUGCCCCCCGGACGCGCUGCGCCGCUUCCUCCGCCUCCUGCGCCUCAAGGUGGCCGCCGGGCCGCGGGACGCGCCGCGCCGCCCCCGCCUGCUGGAGCGGCCGCCGCCGUCCUUCUCCGUGAUCAGCCCGGUGCAGGAGCGGGACCUGCUGGGCAGCCCCGGCCGCCGCCAAGAGCGGGGGCAGCGCCCGGCGGAGGUGCCCCGCAAGGAAAGGCGGCCCCCGGCGAGGCUCUCGGCGGAGCAGGAGGCGGUGCUGGGCGCCGUGCGGAGCGGCAAGAGCAUCUUCUUCACCGGCUCUGCAGGUGAGCGUCCUGGGACUGGGAAGUCGUUCCUGCUGAAGCGGAUCUUGGGCUCCCUCCCUCCCAACAUCACCUACGCUACAGCCAGCACGGGAGUGGCGGCUUGUCACAUCGGUGGCACUACUCUCCACGCCUUUGCAGGGAUCGGCUCUGGGAAGGCGCCGCUGGAACAGUGCAUUCAGCUGGCAGAGAGGCCAGGGGUGCGCCAGCACUGGCUGGCCUGCCAGCACCUAAUUAUUGAUGAGAUCUCAAUGGUGGAUGGCAAGUUCUUUGACAAGCUGGAAGCAGUGGCAAGGGCCGUCAGAAAACGGGAUGAGCCUUUUGGAGGAAUUCAGCUAAUUAUCUGUGGGGAUUUCUUACAGCUACCCCCAGUCUGCAAGGCUAAUGAAGAAACCAAGUUCUGCUUCCAGGCAAAAAGCUGGAGGAAAUGCAUCCACAUAAACAUGGAGCUGACUGAAGUGCGGAGACAGACUGACAAGAUCUUUGUCUCAAUCCUGAGUGCAAUCCGGUUAGGCAGGUGCACAGAGGAGGUUACCAGACAGCUGAUGCAGACAGCUGCUCACAAGUCUGAGCGGGAUGGGAUCCUGGCUACGAGGCUGUGCACCCAUAAAGAUGAUGUAGAAAUAACCAACGAGAGACGCUUGCAACAGCUCCCAGGAGAAGUGCAUGUGUUUGAGGCUUUGGACAGUGACCCAAUGCUAGUGAAGUUAAUUGAUGCUCAGUGUCCUGUGGGUGGUAGAGUUGAGCUAAAGCUUGGAGCUCAGGUGAUGUUAGCAAAGAACCUUGAUGUGUCUCAAGGGCUGGUGAAUGGGGCACGAGGUGUUGUUGUAGGGUUUGAAAGUGAACAGAAGGGGCUGCCUAAGGUGAGGUUUCUCUGUGGGGUCACACAGCUCAUAAAAAUGGAGAAAUGGGUCAUCAAAGGACCAUCAGGAGUUCAUCUGAGUCGUCAGCAAUUACCUUUAAAAUUGGCAUGGGCCAUUUCCAUUCACAAGAGUCAGGGCAUGUCUCUGGACUGUGUGGAGAUCUCCCUGUCCCGUGUCUUUGAGAGCGGCCAGGCCUACGUGGCCCUGUCCCGCGCCCGGAGCCUCGCGGGGCUCCGCGUGCUGGAUUUCGACCCCAAAGCAGUGAGAGCUGACCCUGCUGUGCUGCACUUCUACAGGCACCUGAGGCACCACCAGCUUCCAGCCCAGGAUUCAUUACACACCUAUUCAGAUGCUGAUGAGAAGGAGAACUGGAAAUAA